ACGUCACUACGUUCUGCUGGAUAACCCUGUGUUGCGAAAAUCCUGCUACCAGAGCAGCGAGAGUGAAAGAAAAAGAAAAAACAGUUGAGAUGAAAUUUGCUUGAUGAUACCAAUUGAAAUUCUAAGCUAAUUCAAAAAUGGAGUCUCUUCCUCUCACCAGUCAAACCUCAUUCCUCACCACCACUACUCUUCUCCCACGGUUUCCAUCCUCCAAUAAAACAACAACAACAACUACAAGAACAAGAACUCUUUAUCUAAAUCAGAGAAAAUUCAACAAGGUUUUCGCCUCAUCAUCACAUUCACAUGAAGAACAGAAAAAACCUAAACUCGAUGAUGAAGACCUCAUGGACCUCGAGUUCGGUCGUUUACUCGGCGAAGAUCCUAAACUCACUCUUGCCAAGAUUAUGGGAAGAAAAGCUAAUCCUGAUGCUUCUUAUCUUGACAUUGAGAAAUCAUUUUAUAAAAGAAAGAAAGGUAAAGCUGUUGAAAUUGAGGAACUUCCAUUUGAAGUUGAAAUACCUUGGGCUAAGAAUUCACCUCCCGAAUCGAGACCCGAACCUAACGAUGGUGAUAAGAAUGUUGCAAUGGAGAUUAAGAAACCUAGCUCGACGCCGAGUAAGCCUGGGAGUGUUAGGAAAAGUAGUGUUCCUAAGGCUAUUUUGAGGAAGCCGUCGUUGUUUAAAAAGGACGAGGAUGAUGAAGAGGAGGAUGUGUCUUCGAGGUUGAUGUUGAAACCGAAUUUGAGUCUUGAAAUGAUGGGUGGACAGGUGAAGGAGAAGUUUAGUGACAUGACAUUGUUGAGGAAGCCGGGGGCGUCGAUUGGUGGGAAUAGAGAUGGUGGGUUGAAGAUGCGGAAAAAAGAGGCGGGUUAUGAAGUUGCUAAGUUGUCGUUGUUGGAACAGCCGCAUAGACCAAGUAGUAAUAAAGAUCUAAAGAAGUUUGUGGAGCCGAGGGAUGAGGUUGCUAACUUGACGUUGUUGAAACAACCGCACAGACCAAGUAGUAAUAAAGAACUAGACAAGUUUGUGGAGCCGAAGGACGGAGUCGCUAAUUUGAGCUUGUUGGAACAGCCACACAGACCAAGUAGUAAUAAAGAACUAGAGAAGUUUGAAGAGACCAGUGAUGAAGUCACUAAUUUGAGCUUGUUGGAACAGCCACACAGACCAAGCGGCAAAAUAGAACAAGAGAAGUUUGACGAGCCAAGUGAUGAAGUCGCUAAUUUGAGCUUGUUGGAACAGCCGCACAGACCAAGCGGCAAAAUAGAACAAGAGAAGUUUGACGAGCCAAGUGAUGAAGUUGCUAAUUUGAGCUUGUUGGAACAGCGACAGAAACAAAACGGCAAAAAAGAAGAAAAGAAGUUUGACGAGCCAAGUGAUGAAGUCGCUAAUUUGAGCUUGUUGGAACAGCCACAUACACCUAGCGGCAAAACAGAACAAGAGAAGUUUGAAGAGCCAAGUGAUGAAGUCGCUAAUUUGAGCUUGCUGGAACAGCCACACACUCCAAGCGGAAUAGAACAAGAGAAGUUUGAAGAGCCAAGUGAUGAAGUUGCUAAAUUGAGUUUGUUGGAACAGCCACACAAACCGAGCAGCAAAAUAGAACAUGACAAAUUUGAAGAUCCAAGUGAUGAAGUCACUAAAUUGAACUUGUUGGAACAGCCACACAGACCAACCGCACAAAAAGAACAAGAGCAGUCUGAAGAUCCAAGUGAUGAAGUCAAGAAGGUGAUCUUGUUGGAACAGCCUCACAGACCAAGUGACAAAGACGAAGAGCAGUUUGGAGAUGCAAAAGUUGUAGUUCCAAAUGAUGGAUCAGAGCAAGAUGAGCAGAGACAGCCGGAGGUCCAUCAGGAGCCGAUUGGUUUAAAUCAAUCGUCUGAUUUAAAUACCGUUGGUUCUAAGGCGGGAUUGUCCGUGGAAGCUGCAAUACAAGGAAAAGCAAAAAGAUUAGAUCAAUAUGUGAAACAAACCUCAAAACCUGUUGAAGAAAAGACUGCUUCCCUUGAUCCCGGAAGUCGCGGAAACAGUGAAGAAUCAGGCAAUUUUGUUGAUGUGUCAGAUAUUCAGGAAGGCGAAGAUGCUGACUGGACCAAGGCAGAAAAAUUGAUUAAGAAUGGAGAUAGAGAUGAUGUGGAACUAAUGAGCUGCAGCGCCAAGGGUUUCGUUGUUUCUUUUGGUACCUUGGUAGGAUUUCUGCCAUACCGUAAUCUUUUGUCCAAGUGGAAGUUCUUAGCUUUUGAGUCAUGGUUAAGGAAGAAGGGCUUGGAUCCAUCAUUGUACAAGCAAAACUUGGUCACUGUGACACAUAAUGAUGCUGAAAUUAAUAAUCCGUCGUCCGAUUCUCCUUCACAUACGGAGAAUGAUAGUAAAUUUGAAGAUAAAAUUUCUCCAGAUAUGAAAUUGGAAGAUCUGUUGAGGAUUUAUGACCAAGAGAAAGUCAAUUACUUAUCAUUAUUUAUUGGACAGAAAACCAAAGCAUAUGUGUUAUUGGCUGACAGGAAAUUGAAAAAGCUCAUAUUUUCACUCAAACCAAAAGAGAAGGAAGACCUAACUGAGAAAAAGAGAAACCUUAUGGCUAGACUUCAAGUUGGUGAUAUAGUGAAAUGCAGCGUCCAGAAAAUAACUUACUUUGGAGUUUUUGUGGAGGUUGAAGGAGUUUCUGCACUAAUUCAUCAGUCAGAAAUAUCUUGGGAUGCCACGCUGGACCCAUCUAAUUAUUUUAAGAUUGAUCAGGUUUUAGAGGCAAAAGUUAUCCAAAUAAACUCUGCACGUGGGCGCAUAUUUUUAUCAUUAAAGGAGGUCACGCCUGAUCCAUUGAUGGAAUCCUUAGAGUCUGUAGUUGGGGAUCAUGAAUCCUUUGAUGGGAGAUUGGAAGCAGCUCAAACUGAUACAGAGUGGACUGAAGUCGAAUCUCUUAUAAAAGAAUUGAAAAAAAUUAAGGAAGUCCAGUCUGUUUCAAAAGGCCGUUUGUUCAGGAGCCCUGGUUUAGCUCCCACAUUUCAGGUUUAUAUGGCAUCCAUCUUUGAGGAUCAGUACAAGUUGCUUGCCCGAUCGGGAAAUAAAAUACAAGAGGUGAUGGUUCAAACUGUUUUAGAUAAAGAAACGAUGAAGUCGGUUAUUAUGACAUGUGCAAGUAGAGUAGAAUAGCUAUGGCCUAUGGCUCUAAACCUGUACCAUUGCCAGAUUUUUGGUGAUUAUACAUUCUUUCGGGGAAAGCUGGCUGCAACCAUAGGAACCUUUUGAGGUAAUAUGAGAGGUUUGUGGCAAAGAUCAAAAUUUUCUUUCCCCAAAGAAAAUAAAAGGCUUGAAACUGCACUCUCCUAGGAAAAUGAUAUAUUUCUGUUCUUUUGUACAGCGACCAAUUGAGAAAUUAUUAAAUCUUCGCGGUCGGGUCUAUUUGUGUAUUUAAGCAGAUAUAUGCAAUCCAUGAACAACUACUGUAUUGUAGUAUAUCU